GACCUGUAGCCUGUUCUCCCCACAAUUUCAUCGAGUCAACAGAACAAAACUCAUCCACCUCCUAUCUCACAACCGAAAUCUUACCCAACAUAAUCUCCAGCGGGUGAAUUCUUUUUCACUUUAUCACCACCUAUACCUUUCUCUGACCCAUCAACUCUCCUAGCUCAAAAUAGCAAAUAUGGCGAACGCUUCAACCCCAUUCGCCCUCCAGUCCUUACUGGAGAAGAUGUCUUCUCCAGAUUCCGAUUACCGUUUCAUGUCUUUAAACGACUUGCUUUCGAUUCUCACUAGUCCGAAUGCUAGUUUGACACAAGCUGAUAGCAACCUUACAAGCAGAGUCAUUGAUGGAGUUGUUAAGGCACUUGACGAUGCAAACGGCGAAGUACAGAAUUUAGCAGUUAAAUGUCUUGGGCCAUUGGUCUUGAAAGUUCGGGAUAAUCAAAUCGCUCCCCUCAUCGACCGUCUAACGACUCUCUCUAUGACCUCUACGGAUCCCUCGAUUCCUUCUACCGCUCUGAGAACUAUAAUUUCAAGUCUUCCACGUCCCAAAACACUUUAUCCCAAACUCCUGAUUCUGCUGAAACCCGGCACGGAGACCGUUAAGGGUGGUGGUGCCAGCCUUGACAGUAUCGAUCUAUUGAUUGAGACACUCAAAUGUUUUGGCCCCGUUCUUGGCGGAAAGGAGGUUGAGCAGCUUCAGGUUGCUGUCAUGGAACUAUUGGAAAGUGAUAGAACAAGCCAAGUCGUUAAAAAGCGAGCUGUGACUUCUCUGAGUUUACUUUGCGUUUACUCUCCGGAUGAGUUGCUGUCCAGUUUUAUUAAUCAUUUGAUCGAGUCCUUCCGAGCACAGGGCAAACAUGUUAACCCAACACGUCUUCGUUUGCUCGUUUCGGUGACAGGGGCCUUAGCAAGGGACAUUCCAGAUAGAUUCGGCCCUUACCUUAAAACAUUAUGCCCAUUUAUUCUCUCCGUAGUCGAUGGGAAGGAUAUUCAAGACCGAGAACUUGGCGAUGAACCGGAGAUGGAAAUGGACGAGGUUCGUGAAGCGGCGCUUGUCAGUCUGGAAAGCUUUAUGAGCUUCUGCACAAGCAACAUGACAAGGUUUACUGAAGAUGUUUUGAAUGCUGGGAUGAUUUACCUGAAAUAUGAUCCCAAUUAUGCCGACCCCGCUGAUGAGGAAGAUGACGAGGAGAUGGGCGGAACACAACAAUAUGAUGGCGAUGAGGACGAUGACUUUGGGGGCAGCGAUGAUGAAGAUGCGUUUGAAGAGGACGGUAACUUUUCGGAUGAAGAUGAUAUUAGCUGGAAGGUUAGACGAUGCGCGGCAAAGCUACUUUCAACAGUUCUAUCAACUAGAGCCACAGACCUAAUUCUUGGAGAGCAAGAAGGAGGUGGCAAAGCGUACAAACAAGUUGCACCGCUACUUGUUGAGCGCUUCCACGAACGUGAGGAGAAUGUGAGGUUGGAGGUCCUUGCAACUGCUACGGUAUUGGUGAGGAAGACAGGAGAGGUUGCGCAGGGAACAUUUACGCCAUCAACUCCUUCCAGGGACAGACGCGGAAGCAUGGACAUAAAUAGCCUACAAGCUUUGAUGCCAAGGCUUAGCAAAUCUCUAAGCAAGCUUUUGAAAACUAAGAGCACAACCUUACCCACAAAGCAAGCAAGCUCUUCGCUACGUAUUGAGGUUUUGAGGUUGGUCGGUAAAAUCUGCGAAAACCACCCAGCACAAGUUGUUGGGGAACAUUUUGACACCCUUAUACCAGCAAUGAUAACUGCAGUCGGGGAGCCAGCCUAUAAGAUUUCCUCGGAGGCCCUUAACACCGUGGUUUCGAUCGUUAGACUUCUCACCGCAGAAGGCUCUACAGGAUAUAGUGAAUACCUGAAGGGUUUGUAUGAUGUUAUCGUUGCAAAGGUCGGGAAUGGAGAUGCCGACCUCGAAGUAAGAGAGAGGGCCAUCGCCGCACUGGGAGUCCUACUUUCUAGGACAUCUGGACAGCCAGAUCUGAUCGGGCCCAAUCGAAGGGCUGCGGCUUUGGGCAUGCUAGUGGAGCGCGCCAAGAACGAGACUACCCGCAUCACCGCUGUUAGAGCUAUCGAGGUUAUAGCGAGGAAUGCUAAAACUACGGGUGAUGUGACUCCUGACUGGGUCAAAACUGUUGUUGUGGAGUGCGGUAUUCAGCUCCGAAAGGCCAAUAGAACCCUCCGUGGAGCUAGCCUGGACGCAUUACGGAGUAUUUCCGCUAAUGAGAACUGUCGGAAGGCAAUGGAUCCGCAGAGCAAACGGGAUCUAGUAGAUGUUCUUACUACAUUAUUGCCAGCUGGAGAUAUGCAUCUCCUCGCUCCAACAUUGACUAUCAUCAGGUGGAUGAUGAUUGACGGUGACGGAGUUUAUGUCACUCCUGGUAUUAACGAGGGGGUUUGUGGGCUCGUACGAAACAACCUUGGGUCUGGCCUAGUGGUGGAAAGCCUACUUGGGUUGGUAAAAGCUAUUGGAGAAAACGACCCCGUAGGUAAAAAGACCGUGAUGAAUGGUCUCUUGCAAGAUGUUGGAGUAAAUGGGGAGACUAGCAUUGUGGCCAAGGUUGUUGCGCAAUUACUUGUUAGUGGUGGUGGAAAACGAGGCGGAUUUGCCAUAGGUGUUGAGGAGUUCGUGGGUGAAGUGGUUAAAACUACGGAUGAUAAGAGAAAAUGUUUGGCGUUAAUGGUGCUUGGAGAGAUUGGUCUCAGAAUGGGCCCUUCAUUCUCUGUUGGACCGGAAACUUUUCUUCAGCAAUUCCAUGCAAAGAGCGAUGAUGUUCCGAUCGCGGCUGCCGUAGCCUUGGGCCUUGCUAGUGCUGGGAAUGUUCAAGGCUAUUUACCUGUGAUUAUGCAGAGGCUCGGAGGUGGAGACAAAGACCAAUAUCUACUACUUCACUCGUUAAAAGAAAUUAUCCAGCACUCUGAUGACACUACUGCAAAUAUCAAACCUUAUGCGGAUCAAAUCUGGAAAGCUCUCUUCUCCAUGGCGAAGAAUGACGACAGCAAAGCUGUAGGAGCGGAGUGCGUCGGCCGUCUCACUAUCAUUGACCCCUACAGCUACCUACCGGAGUUACAGAAACACCUCCAAUCCGAAAGCAGCGCGAUACGUGGAAUGGUUAUUUCAGCACUCCGAUAUACUUUUACCGAUACCGAGGCCUCAUAUGAUGAUCUCCUAAGACCGAUUGUUGUAGACUUCCUCACAGUCAUGGUCGAUGAUAAGGAACUUGAAAACCGCAGGCUUGCCUUAACGGCAUUAAACUCCGCAGCUCAUAACAAGCCCCACCUGAUAGGCCAACAUCUGCAGAGUCUAUUACCACUUGUGUACAGAGAAACAGUCGUUCGCCCAGAGCUAGUCAGAGAAGUCCAAAUGGGUCCUUUCAAGCACAAAGUUGAUGACGGCCUUGAAAGCGCCUAUGAAACCCUCUACGCCCUCCUAGAAACCUCCUUUUCAGGAAUCGAAAUCCAGACAUACUUCGACCGUGUCAUUGCCGGUCUCCAAGACGAACAUGACAUCCGAGUUCUCUGCAAUCUAAUGCUAACAAAACUCAUCCUCCUCGCUAAGGGUGAAACCCUCCGGCGGCUUGACUCGAUUGCCGAGUGCUUCAAGACAACCCUGAACCAAAAACCUAAGGAUAAUGCAGUGAAGCAAGAACUCGAAAAGCACGCGGAGAGCAUUCGGAGCACCAUGCGUGCAACCGUCGCGCUUAAUCGCACUGCCAUCGGUGCGGGCGUUAGCGGGAAGGCUGGCUGGAGCGGGUACUGGGAGUGGGCGAAGGCCGUCUUUCCUAACGAAUUGCAGGUUCUCGAGGGAGAUGAACGGGCCGAGUAAGUCAGUAUCAAGUAGGGAAAGACCUUGUCGAAGGAGGGAGGAGGGGAGAAAUGGAAAAUGUAUCAUCAUUUGAUGUCACUCGUUUCCUGUUAUCCUUGAGUACACGAAGUUCCCUUUUUCUUAGCUUAUUUUCCCUAGUUUUUCCCCUUUUUAUUGCUAUGAUAGCGAACGAUAAUGUUAUAAAAUACAUACCCCCCCUUUUUUUGA